CACGCAGUAUCGCUGAAUGUGGCUUAUGGCGAAUUGCAAACAAACACUGUGUUUAGGACGAAUGUCUUGUGGAUGUCGCGUCGUGGUGUUGUGAAGGAACAGUUUUACCUUCAACAAUGAGUGGCUUUGAACGAGAUCCGAAUAAGCGGCGUGUGAAACCUGUUGACACAACUCAGCAAUCACUGUUGGAUUUUGAUCUCGGCGAGAGCUCUGACGACAGUGAUUUUCGAAUAGAAGAUCACUGUGAAGAAAGUGAUGACGAUUCUAUUGACUCAGAUGACGACGGAGGAGGGAAAGAUGACGAUGAUGAUGACGACGAAGAUAACGGAGAGGAUUCUGACGAUUCGGAAGGAGGGCAGAAGAAUGACACUAUGUCAGAGGGAGUCACCAUCGGUGACGUCAUAGAACGGGCGAAGCAGAGGCAGGCUGAUGGAAAACAGUUUGAUGCCAAAGAUGCUCUGAAAAUACUCAUCUGCUGCGGCUGCCUCGGCGACCGGAGUGAUGACGCCAACGAAAUUGUGGAGUGCGACGGUUGCGGCGUGACUGUUCACGAAGGUUGCUACGGAGUGUCGGAUGCGGCGAGCGUCUCUAGUACAGUGUCCUCCUGCUCGACGGAGCCAUGGUUCUGCGAGGCGUGCCGCGCUGGCGUCGUCGACCCCAUCUGCGAGCUGUGCCCCAACUCAGGUGGCAUCUUCAAAGAGACUGAUGUCGGGAAGUGGGUACACCUGGUGUGCGCCCUGUACGUGCCCGGGGUCGCAUUCGGCGAGGUGGACCGGCUGUCGAGUGUGACGCUGUUCGAGAUGCCGUACAGCAAGUGGGGCGCACGAGCCUGCUGCCUGUGCGAGGACGACCGCUUCGCCCGCACCGGUGUCUGCAUCGGCUGCGAUGCCGGCAUGUGCCGCCAGUACUUCCACGUCACCUGCGCCCAGAGAGAAGGUCUGUUGUCAGAAGCACAUUCCGAAGAGGUCGACCAGGCAGACCCGUUCUACGCACACUGCAAGAUGCACACUGACAAAAUGUUGAUGAGGCGGCGGCGCAGGAACUGGCUGGCCCUACAGCUGCGCACGCAGCAGCGCCACCUGGAGCAGGAGAAGCAGACGCAGGCGACGGCCGAGCAGCAGCGCACGCAGCGUAAGCUCGCCAAGUACCGCUCCAAGUACCUGCAGCACAAGAGCACCCGCAUCCCGCCCUGGGUACCCACGCAGAAGAUGCCUCGCCUGCUGACGACGAGUGCGUCGGCGGUCCGCCGGUUGCUGCAGAAGGCCGAACUGAUGGGAGUGGACACGCGAGCACUCGAACUGCAAGAGGCGCAGGUGGCGGCACUUGUCGACGUCCGCAAGAAGUGGCACAUCCCUCCAGCUUUCAGUGUGGAGUUCAUCGGCUACUACCUGGACCGCAACGUGAGGCUGACGUCGAUGAAGCACCGCCUGGAGGAGCUGCUGGACCUGAACAAGGAGCUACAGGCGGAGCAGCAGGACUGGCGCCACAAGUACGACAAGCUCGUGAAGGAGAACGCGGAGCUGAGCCGCAUCAACGUGGGGCUGAAGCAGGCGAUCCACAAGUACCACUCGUUCCUGCUGCUGGUGUGCCCUGACAAAGGCCUGCCCUCGGUGGACGAGAUGGAGAAGCGGGCGCUGCCUCCGCCGGUGCCGGCUCAGGGUAAGGGUGGGCGUGGUCCCGCUCCCCCGGAUGCCGCCGCCCGUUCCGUACAGCCGCACCGCUCCCAGCACCAUUCGCGCGAGGGCGGCAGCCUGCCGCUGAACGAGUGUGGGACGUGCCGGCAGACGACGGACCAGCACCUGCUGGCCAAGUGCGACACCUGCCACCUGUUCUACCACCUGGGCUGCCUCAACCCGCCCCUCACGCGCAUGCCCAAGAAGACCAAGCUCAUGGGCUGGCAGUGCUCAGAAUGUGACAAGGAGUCUUCCGGUUCGGAGGUGGAGUGUGUGGACACGGACGCUCCUCGCAAGCUGCGCCACAAGGACGCGUCGGGAGGCAGCUCCGGUGGUCGUCAGUCGUCCGCAGAGCCCGGAGCCGGCUCUUCUGACCCGCAGGUCACUCCCAAGGUGACGAUCAAGCCGCUGGAUCCCCAACUGUACGAGACGGCCGAAGUGGUGGCAGCAGACGGGGAGGGGGCGGACGGUGCCAGCACCGCAGUGCCGUCGGGACGGACGGGGAAGAAGCGCCGCCGCGAGAAGCACCACCGCUACUCGCCCGACGGGGAGCCGCGCGAGCACAAGCGGAAACGUAAGCGCAAGAGCUUCGAGAUGGACAACCCGGACCAGCCGUCGCCGCCGCUUGCCCAGGGGGAGGCGCCCCGCAUCAAAAUAAAGAUCAAACCGAUUCCGCUGCCGCCGGGAGAGGUGGCCUCUCCGACGGGAGCGCAGCAGAUGUUCGUGGCGACGUCGAGCACAGAGACGUUCGCAGUGACGUCCCCCCCACAGCCGACGGUGGCCGCCAUCGUGGCGCACCAGCAGGCCGAGGUGCAGCGGCGCUCCAGCGGGGCGAGCAGUGUCACCGGCGGGGCCGGCCCCGGUUCCGCAAACAGGAGGGGCCGCGGCGACGCCGACGUCAUGACGCGCUGCGACGUUUGCGGCGGGCCGGGCAGCAACCAGAACCUCGUCAGAUGUGACGAGUGCCUAAAGUGUUUCCAUUUCACGUGCUUGGACCCGCCAGUGAAGAAGUCACCGAAGAGGCGCGGGUACUCUUGGCACUGUGCCGAUUGUGACCCGACGGAAGCCAGUUGUGAUGCCUGACACAAAAACUGCACAAUCGGCCUCUCUCGGAAUAUACUGGAAACCUAUAUUCCACAGUAUUUGAUGUGUUCCACAAUAUGUGUAGCUUAGUACACAGUGCUAUUCUGCAAGAUAUGGCCUUCUUUUAUUUUUUAUAUCCUCGUGUGAAUGUCAUCGGCCUGUAUUUGCAGAAAGGUUACCCCUGCUGUAAAACAAAAUCAACCAUGUGAAGAAUUAAAACCAGAAGGAUUUUUGUUAACACGAGGAAGAAAAUGUUUGUGGUUAGAAUAAAUUGUUUUGUUUAUAAUUUGAAAAUAUUGUUCCAUUACAAGAGUUCAUGGAGUAGCUUUGAACAUUUAUUUUUACUUUGUGUGUAUUCACCCUGUUGGACAAGAUGCUAUAUGAUACAAAUAUACUGAUCUUGCCUUCUAGAAUCUCUUGUAUAACAAGAAUAAACAAAUCUAAAACAAAUUAAAUUUCUUCUUAAAUACUGUAAGUACACCUCAUUCUCCACUGCACUUUUUCCAUCAGAAACAUAGUAAUGAUAUAAAAACAUUAUGUUUUUAUUGUAGACAUUGCGCAGAGAGGUUACAGCAGUGUGCUGAGAAACUAUUACUCAUCUGUUAUUGAUUUUUCAACAGUGGUUCAACAAAAUGGAACAAACAAUUAGAAAUGGAGACUAUUUUUGUGAUUUGUGUUGUGUUCCUGGUGCCUGUCUUAUAAUAUGACAAAGAAGAACAUUUCCAUUUCAUUGAGUCUGUGAGAGAGAUUUUUGAACAGGAGUUUCAUCACAUGAAUGGUCUGUGUUCACAAACAACUCCAUUGUAGUAAUCAUGAUAUUGUACAAUUUCUUGUUUCUCUUAUAUGAGUACUUUUAUUCAAUAUAAAUUUUGUUCUUG